AUCGUUACGGUCAUUUAUUGGGCAUAAGGGGACAUGAUGCGGGCUCUGCUCAUUUUAGUGGCACUGAGAUUAUGGACUUGUGGGACAGAAUGUACUCUUCUUAGGAACCAGGUAUUAUUGCGAAAACUCAUCUUGGGAAUGUAAUUAUUUAUGUAAUUAGAAUGUGAACAUUCCUGCAGAGCAAUCUGUGUUAAAGACAAUUCUAUGAAAGCUGGGAUGGAUCUUUGAUUGUUAUUCGGAGUUGCUUGAGGACAUUCGUGGUUUGCCAAGUGGAGAUACAAGUUUUAUCGUGGAAGCUACGGGAUCAGUCGCUUUGCAUACGUUGAUUCACUGAACCACAUUGGGUCACUAGAGCUUUCAAAGAUGGCCGAGUCCUUCUUUGGCUACCAGUUGCAAGCAUUACUUUUGUGAUACUGGGACUUUUGAACGCUCAAAGAUCUUCUCUCCCAUCUUGUUGGGAUGAUUCAUGAGGCAGAAAAUAUGAAGAGGAAUAGCAGGAAUGUUGAUGACAUAAAGGAGCUCAAGGACAAUAGCAAAUGCAAAGCUGACAAAAUCCGCAUAGCGGUGAAUCAUUUCAAGGAGAUACUAGGUAAUGGUGCUCCUCCGAUGCCCCGAAAAGUUUUACGGGAAGCAGCGGUUGACGUGGCUCGAGCAAACAAGCAAGCUAACAGGCCAUCAGUAGGGGCUACUGUCGUGUUGUCCAACCUAGACAACGGGGUGGUUGAUGAACAUCACAUUUUUGCCUGUACAAUCACAAAGGACGACAAUGGUAGGGAUGUUUAUCAUUUGCAGCUGAAAGAGGUACCAUGGGAAGGACAAAUAUUCAAUCGUGCAUGCAAUGAUAUAAAACAUAUCUAUGACUCUUAUGUGAAGAUGGAGGGAUUACCCGGAGCGGACUUAAACGGAAAAGUAAAGAAAGUAAAGGAGUGUGUUCAAAUUAUACAGAAUUGUAAAAAAAUUUUGAAAGAAUUUGACAUUGCUGCACAAGGGGAAUCUUUGCCAUUGACAUUCAUAUGUCAAAUUCCAUGGCCAAACAUUGAUUGGAGGGAUGAGCAUCACUCCAACAAAAUCCAAGAGGAAAGGGAGUCGCCAAUUGGAGACAUAGUGGUUUUUGUUCCAGGUGAUGCAACUAUUGGAGAUUUGAAGGAAACUGCACAUAAGGGACUAAAGCACAGUUACUAAUUCAUAAAAGAACGCUUUGAAUUGUCCAACAUCUUCAACGCAAAGGGCAUGCAACUAUGGUUAACUUUUAGUUCGCUCCAAUAUCUUAUAUCACAAGGAAGUUCGUUGAUCGAAGGAAUAUGGGUGCUAGUGCUACCUUGAAACUUCGUCGUCCCUCAUCUGCCGACCGGAUUUCAAAGCAUUAACCUGUCUUCUCUUAUACACCAAGCAAUAUUAAUACAUUAACAUUAAUAUUUCAACAUUUAUGUACUUAUUGCGCUUGGUUAUUUCCUCUUUUGUGGGAGAUUAUUGUUUUAUAUUUUAUUUCAUGUUAUCUCGCAUCAAUUAGUAUUGCUAUACGAAUUUCUUCCCAUUUUCUGAUUCCGAAACACUAUUUAAUUAGGUCCGGAAGUUCGUUUUAUCGAAAAAAACAUGGAUGCUAGUGCUACCUUGAAACGUCCUCGUCCCUCGUCUGCCGACCGGGAGAGGGAGAACAUGGGUGCUGUCUCAAAGCGUUGUCGUCUCCCCUCUACCGACUGUAGGGAGAGGAAGAACACGGGAGCUACCUUGAAACGCCGUCGGGGUCGCUCAUCUGGCGAAUGGGAGACAGAGAACGUGGGUGCUUCCUCCAAACGUCGUCGUCACUGCUCAUCUGCCAACUGGGCAAACCUUACCUCUCCCGCUCUCGUUUUGAUUAUGGAUAAGCUGUUGGAGCAGGUUUUCCUUAUUCGCUUCGCUGUUAUUUGAAAGGAUUGGCAUGCUUUUGCUCAAUAAUACAAAGAUACAACAAAAAGUUGGCGUAAGGUACUUCCCUUGCUGAUGAUCCCUCCACGUUUAAGAUAUAUCAAAGGAGAGGGAUACUCCGUUCCACAUGGAAAGCGAGCGCUGUACAACGUUUUUGAAGGAAAAGUGUACAAAAAUGUUUUGUUAUCAGUGCCUUGGAGUAAAAGGUGUUGUAGCUCCAACCAAGGCUAGCUCGUCUCAGUAGAUGAACUAGACAAACUUCGAUUGUAAGUGACUCUCAUGAACCCUUUCAGAAAAGCAGUG